GUACCAUUGGCCGCACUGCACUGCAGAGGCGCAGUUGGCAGGUGGAGUUAUUGCUAUGCAUUUUCGAAAAUCAGAUAGAACUGAUAUUUGCUGUAGAAUACAUCAUAAUUGAAGCGAGUUAGUCUGCCGGCUACCUCCUUGCUUGCGUACCUCGUCGUGCAAGAAGAGUUAUUCGAGCACGGAGUGAUUAGAGCUCGGAUCCUUCGAGGGAAGGGAAGGGAAGAUUGUGAAGGCGAGAGUGUAUGCGUUGUGUUCUUGACUGUGAUUGUACAGAUUUGCAGAGGCUCUUGAAAUCAGGCGACAAAGUUGCGCUUCUUGUUGCGGCAGUAAUUUUCCCCUUUGCUCGAGUCAUGGACGGCGUCAUCGCAGGCGGGUUCCUCAAAGAGAAGUACCAUAAGGUGGAGAAGGUCGGAGAGGGUCGUUUCGGAGUCGUCUAUAAAGCUUUGAACACGAGGACGAAAGAACUGGUGGCCAUGAAGAGGAUCAGAGGGGAGAUGCUCCCAGCCAAAUCCGGAAUGCCCAGUUUUGUCAUGAGAGAGCUGUCUGCUCUGCAAGGAUUGAAGCAUUCUAAUGUUGUGCCCUUGUAUGAUGUAUUCUACAGGGAAAAUCAGCUCUAUCUGAUUUUCGAGUACAUGGAUUGUGACCUCGCCGGUUACAUGAAGACGCACUUCAAUUAUCUCACUCCCCUUGAGAUCAAACUUUUCAUGUAUCAGAUCCUCCUGGGAAUCAGUUAUUGUCAUCAGCAUAAUGUCAUGCACCGUGACCUGAAACCGCAGAAUCUGCUGAUUGACAAGUCUACCUUGAAAUUGAAAAUUGCGGAUUUUGGUCUCUCUCGACACUAUCACUUUCCGGCGAAUAAGAACACACUCAAAGCCUUCAGCCACGAAGUGGUGUCUUUAUGGUAUAGACCUCCUGAGAUUCUUCUUGGGACCACGGAUUAUUCGACAAGGAUUGAUAUAUGGUCCGCUGGAUGCAUAUUUGCCGAAAUGGCACUCGGACGACCUUUGUUCCAAGCAAUGUCUGAGAUCGAGCAGAUCAUGAAGAUCUUCUACAUCAUGGGAACGCCAAAUGAAUUAUCAUGGCCUGGCGUCAACUCACUGACUGAUUUUCGACCAAAUUUUCCUCAGUGGCGGGGCCAACGAUUGGAGGUAGAAGUAACACGUUUUGACCCUGAUGCCAUUGAUCUCCUCUACAGGAUGUUGAACAUGGAUCCGAACUUUCGCAUCACAGCCAAAGAAGCCCUCAACCAUGAGUAUUUUCAUGAUCUGAAUUUUGCUGAUUUUGAGCACCCGCACGAAGAUACGGAGGAGAACGAUGACCUUAGUGGUGAUGAAAACAAUGAGGUCUCAGACAAUGAAGAUCGCCGUCUAGCAGCCACGAAGAAGCAUGCCUUUCCUUGAUUCAGUACCGUCCCAACUUCUGCAUAAUGUGCAUUCCUACUCUAAAGCUCACUGUAUAGGAUACUAGAUUCAGUAGCUUUCCGAAUUGUGCAUAUUGUACUUUCAUAUUCAGGAUUUCCUCGUAGAUUGAUACAACAUUCACUCGCAUUUCAACUCUUGCAAAGAUUUUGCAAGAGUUCGAAUGAUAGAGUCACGUUCUAGAGGUUUUGUACAUUGAGCCGAAAUCUGUAAUUAUCAGACGUGAUGAUGUGAUCAUUUACGGUUUA